AUGUCCACCAUCCUGCGGUGGACCGUUUCCAAAUGGCGCUGCCGUUGUCUCUGCUCGACCUUUCAACCAGGUCGUCGGUCACAUUCGAAAUCCGUCUCCGACACAGCGGUCCUCCCCAAGCCCAGACUCGACUAUAAUGCCAUCUCUGAAUCCAUAGUGUAUAAAUCACAUAACGCGUUUAACAGGAAAUAUCCCUUGCCAGUCGGUGCUCUCCAAUCCAUCGCGCGCACGCACGCGGAGCAGAAGGAAUUAUCCAGUCAGCUUAGUAUGAAACGUCACUUGCGAUCCACCAUGGGCGACCGCAUUCGUAUGAUCAAAGAUCCAACGGAAAAGCAAUUUUUACUAGGGGAGGCUAAGACACUGAAGACGGAAAUCACACAACUUGAGGAGAACCUGGCUGUAGCUGAAGAAACGCUCCUGAACCUCGCAUUACAACUUCCGAACGAUACGCAUCCCGAUGCCCCCAUUGGCCCAGAGGAUGCUGCCACUGUCCUAUCUACUCACGGCCCUCCCCCAAUGCCCGCCAGUGCUGACCGUGACCACACGGAAGCUGGGCGGGCUCUGGCUCUAUUUGACUUCGAGUCGGCAGCAAUCGUUACAGGAUCAUCAUGGUAUUACUUGCAGGGGGAGGCUGCACUGCUUGAAAGUGCUUUGACGAACUAUGCUAUCUCGAUCGCUCUCAAACAUGGCUUCAAGUUUGUUACGACACCAGAUGUUGUUCGUGAGGAUAUUGCCUCCCGGUGCGGUUUCCAACCCAGAGACCAGCAAUCCGGCAGCUCUGCUUCUCAAACGUACUUCAUUGCUGACUCACAUCCUGAGCUUGUACUCUCAGGAACCGCGGAAAUACCAUUGGCUGGCAUGUUCGCAAAUAAGAUAUUUCCUGAAAAUACCCUGCCAAUGAAAGUCGUUGGACUUGGUCGGGCUUUCCGAGCAGAGGCAGGCUCCCGAGGCGCAGAUACCCGAGGCCUGUACCGUGUUCAUCAGUUCACGAAGGUAGAACUUUUUGCUGUAUGCGAAGACGAUGACAGCGAGCGUAUCAUGGAAGAAUUUCGACGUGUUCAGACGGAGAUAUUUGAGGGAUUGGGGAUACCAUUUCGCGUCCUAGACAUGCCGACCGAGGAACUAGGUGCCAGCGCAUUUAGGAAGUAUGAUAUGGAAGCUUGGAUGCCUGGUCGUGGACGCUGGGGCGAGAUUUCUUCGACGUCGAACUGUACCGACUAUCAGGCUCGCCGUUUACAUAUUCGUUAUCGUCGACCUGCUGCACCCCAAGCCUCUGCCAAUGGACCUUCCACCCACGGGUCGUCACAGUCAGCGACAGCAUUUGCACACACGCUCAACGGCACAGCAGCUGCCAUUCCUCGACUUAUCUUGGCACUGGUGGAGAAUGGUGCAAGGUUUAAUGAAGAGGGGAAAGUCGUAGGACUUGACCUGCCAGGUGCACUGAAACCUUUCUGGCUGGCGCCGAGUAGCAUUGUACAAUGGGUUUAG